AUGAUUCAUACGAUCAUGCAGUGUCUACUGUUUUUGUUCACGACCUACUGUUACCGCGCUUGGCGCAAUCGGCGCACAUGGCAGUUGUUGGAGCAGAUACCAGGCCCAGCGACCGUUCCUUUGAUUGGUUCGAUGUACAUCCUGCCUGGUACAGAUACUUCUUUGUACUUUCGGCUGCUACAAGAACUGUCCACUACCUACGGAUCGCUCUAUCGUAUUUGGCUCGGUCCGAAACCGGUGGUCAUCGUAACCAGUGCUGAACACGCGCGGACUAUUCUUUCUUCAGCUGCCACAAUGGAAAAGGCAAGCAUAUACCGGUUCAUACCGUUGCAUGGCAUCUUCUCCCUACCGGUGCAACAAUGGCGCUUGCACCGGAAGUUGAUCCAGCCCAGCUUCAAAUUGUCCAUCUUGCAAAGUUUCAUGCCACUGUUUGAACAGAAGGCAAACUUAAUGGUUCGCAAUCUGGCUACAAAAGAGGACAAGCCUGAAGCAUUCGAUAUUUACCGUUUCAUGGCGCGUUGCACUCUGGAUAUGAUUUGCGCUACUAGCCUCGGAAUGGAUAUGCAUUUUCAGGAGAUGUCGUCUUGCAGUUACUUGGAGAUUUUGGAAGAGCUAUUUGAGCUCGUUACAGUCCGCGCGGUCAACGUCUUCCUCCAUGCCGAUUGGCUCUACCGCUGGACGCCCGUGUACACGGCAGAGACGAAGGCAUUGAAAGAGUUUCGUCGUCCAGCGAGCGAAAUCUUAACAGAGAAAUCCUCUGACGAAGGACACGAUGACAUCGAGGAACCGCAGCGACCAUCUUUCAAAAGCUUGUUGGAGCAGCUGUACCGUACGAUGAGAAAGGAUGGAGAUGCGGAUCUGGAAGCGAUCGAAAAUGAAGUCAAUACUAUGAUCUUUGCUGGUACCGAAACAAGUGCAUCAACAGUGGCCAACACACUCCUUCUGCUCGCCAUGCAUCCGACCGUACAGGAACAGGUUGUAGCCGAGAUUCGACAACAUUUUGGAGACGAUGUACAGGACAUUACUUACGAGAUACUCCAAGAGCUCGUUUACCUUGAAAUGGUACUAAAGGAGUCGCUUCGAUUGCUACCGAUCGCUUUGGUCGUUGCGCGCAAAACAACACAAGAACUCGCUCUGGGCAAGCACAUGCUGCCAGCGGAUAUUGAUGUUAUCAUCGACAUUUACAACAUACACCGAAAUCCCACCUACUGGGGAGCAGAUGUCGAUCAAUUCCGUCCAGAACGGUUUAGUGGGAACGAUUACAAUCGCAUGGCGUUUUUGGCUUUCAGUACUGGCUCAAGAAAUUGCAUCGGUAUGCGGUACGCAUGGAUUUCGAUGAAAAUAAUGCUUAUCAAAAUCCUGGCUUCCUACCGGCUGGAGACAGACUUGCAGUUGAAAGAUUUGAACAUGAAAAUUGCGCUCACGAUGAAAAUCACCAAUGGACAUAUGGUCCGAUUAAGGCGCUGCUGCGCCAACGAUUCCACCAACAUCUUGCUGCUGUUGAAAAUGAUUCACACGAUCGUGCAGUGUCUACUGUUUUUGUUCAUCAUUUAUUGCUACCGCUUUUGGCGCAAUCGGCGCACCUGGCAGUUGUUAGGCCAGUUACCCGGGCCACCGACAGUUCCUUUGAUUGGUUCGAUGUACAUCCUGCCUGGUACAGAUACUUCUUUGUACUUUCGGCUGCUACAAGAACUGUCCACUACCCACGGAUCGCUCUAUCGUAUUUGGCUCGGUCCGAAACCGGUGGUCAUCGUAACCAGUGCUGAACAUGCGCGCACCAUUCUUUCUUCAGCUGCCACAAUGGCAAAGGCAAGCAUAUACCGGUUCAUACCGUUGCAUGGCAUCUUCUCCUUACCGGUGCAACAAUGGCGCUUGCACCGGAAGUUGAUCCAGCCCAGCUUCAAAUUGUCCAUCUUGCAAAGUUUCGUGCCACUGUUUGAACAGAAGGCAAACCUAAUGGUUCGCAAUCUGGCUACAAAAGAGGGCAAGCCUGAAGCAUUCGAUAUCUACCGUUUCAUGGCGCGUUGCACUCUGGAUAUGAUUUGCGCUACUAGCCUCGGAAUGGAUAUGCAUUUUCAGGAGAUGUCGUCUUGCAGUUACUUGGAGAUUUUGGAAGAGCUAUUUGAGCUCGUUACAGUCCGCGCGGUCAAUGUCUUCCUCCAUGCCGAUUGGCUCUACCGCUGGACGCCUGUGUAUACGGCAGAGACGAAGGCAUUGAAAGAGUUUCGUCGUCCAGCGAGCGAAAUCUUAACAGAGAAAUCCUCUGACGAAGGACACGAUAACAUCGAGGAACCGCAGCGAUCAUCUUUCAAAAGCUUGUUGGAGCAGCUGUACCGUACGAUGAGAAAGAAUGGAAAUGCGGAUCUGGAAGCGAUCGAAAAUGAAGUCAAUACUAUGAUCUUUGCUGGUACCGAAACAAGUGCAUCAACCGUGGCCAACACACUUCUUCUACUCGCCAUGCAUCCUUCCAUACAGGAACAGGUUGUAGCCGAGAUUCGACAACAUUUUGGAGACGAUGUAGUGGACAUUACUUACGAGACACUCCAAGAGCUCGUUUACCUUGAAAUGGUACUAAAGGAGUCGCUUCGAUUACUACCGAUCGCGUUGGUCGUUGCGCGCAAAACAACACAAGAACUCGCUCUGGGCAAGCACAUGCUGCCAGCGGAUAUUGAUGUUAUCAUCGACAUUUACAACAUACACCGAAAUCCCACCUACUGGGGAGCAGAUGUCGAUCAAUUCCGUCCAGAACGGUUUAGUGGGAACGAUUACAAUCGCAUGGCGUUUUUGGCUUUCAGUACUGGCUCAAGAAAUUGCAUCGGUAUGCGGUACGCCUGGAUUUCGAUGAAAAUAAUGCUUAUCAAAAUUCUGGCUGCCUACCGGCUGGAGACAGACUUGCAGUUGAAAGAUUUGAACAUGAAAAUUGCGCUCACGAUGAAAAUCACCAAUGGACAUAUGGUCCGAUUAAGGCGCUGGUAA